UUCUGCCCAUUCCACUCCACUCCACUCUCCCGUGCCGAGCACCUUCUUGAGGGGACCCUUCACGAGCAGCCCGCGCGCAUGGCGUCGUCCUCCGCGUUCGCGCUCGACUUCCUGCGGCGCCUCCUCUGCGCGCGCAGCGCCGGCGACCGUCCAGACGCCGCCGCACGCCACACGUGCGCGCCGGAGACGGACGACGAGCCCACGAGGAGCCCCUGCAUUGUGGCCAGGCUCAUGGGCCUGGACGCGAUGCCGCCGGAGGCUUCGCACGCCCAGCCCCCGCGGACGCCGCUGCUGCGGCGCAGCCGCUCCGCGGAGGGCUCGCCGCGUCAGUGCGAGUGGGACCGGGACAACACGCAGCCGCCGCUGGCGGUCCGGGCGUCCGCGUCGCUGCGGGAGAGGCCGGCGUACCUGCGGCAGGAGAGCGACGAGUUCCUGCUCCUCAGCUUCAGCCCCGAUGACCCGGACCCGGACCCGGACCGGGAGCGCGACGUCCGGGAGGAGCUCGAGUUCCUGCUCGCCGCCACGGCGGCCACGAGGCGCGGCGGGCGGGCGAGGUCGGGCGCGCCGGGGGGUAAGCGGGGGCGGAACGGGCGCCGCCGCAGGCUGCGGUUCGCCGGCGACGACGAGGCGGAGUCGCUGUCCCCGGCCUGCGCCGGCCUCCGCAGGUGGGCGGACUGCGACGCGCACUACUCCAGCCCCGUGUCUGUGCUGGAGGCGCACGACGAGUCGUCCACCACCACCACCACAUCGUCUUCCUUGGAUGAGGUGGAGCACGCGGAGCCCUGCUCCGCUGCCUCAGAUGAACCUCAGACAACACUGGAACAUCAGAACUCAAGCAGGAAGCUGCACCUGCACCCCCCGGACCUCGACCAGCCGGGCACGCCGUCGCCACCGCGAAGCUCCUGCCACGUCUCGAGAUGCUCAGACAGCGAGAGGAGGAGGAGGAGCAGGAGAGCGGUGAGCGAGGACGAGGAGGUGGUCACGCCGGACGUGUCCGUCGCCUGGCAGCCGGUCUGCAGGCUGGUCGAGGAAGGUCUGAGGAGCACGGAGUGGCCGUCGACGCGGGACGGCGCGGACGUCGUCGUCGUCGCCGAGAUAGAGUGCGGCGUCCUGGACCACCUCGUGCGUGAGACCGUGGACGAACUCCUCCGGGGAGCGUCUGGAACCGCACGGGCGCAGCGUCCUCUCCCACUCCGACCCGUCUCGAAGACACAGCUGGGUGGGUGGCAAGAACGUUCGGACAGGACGAGCGAUCGGAUGAUGCUACUGAACGAGCGAGAGGUUAGAUUCGUAUGCUGUGAAACUCUCAAAUGCGACCGUAGUCUGGUCUAGGUUUUUUUCAUCAAGAUCGCUGAAACAAGUGGAUAUGAUGCAAAACAUAGCAGCCGGCGUAGGUACAGUACAGACUACAGAUAUUGCUGAACCUGGAGAAGUACACCAGGAUCCGCACUCUCUGUACUGCCAAGCUCCGAACUCUGAAACUGUACAUGAAGAUGAGACUCCUUGUACUAGCACCUGAAUCUGAAUGAAGUUAAAACCAAGUUUCUGUGACGAAAAUAAGCAACCUGUAUACUUUGAUGUAUUUCUUUCUUCAAUAAAAAAAAUGUUCGGC